AAAUAUUCUCUAUGAAACUGUUAAAUAUGAAACUGAUCUUUAGCUGAAAAUCCCUGUAAAAAACAUCUCAAGCCCGGCCAGACAAUGAAUCUAUCAUCGUGGUUUCGCCGCAGUGUUUCAGAGAACAGUAAAAACUGCAAAAACCCAGAUCCACAGCAACCCACCGAACACGAAGAAACGGAUGAAUUUAUGGGAGUUAGCCAACAAUUAAUCGAUUAUGUCAAGUCUUUCACUUUAGAUACCUUCAAGAACUUCCCUAUCCAAGAUAAUGGUUCCAUUGAAACCCAAACUUCUUCUAAUGUCCGUAAUGAUCUUUCUGAUUGGCAACAGCGGCAUGCUGUCUUAGUACUUUCAAAAGUGAAGGAACUCUCACGGCUUAGAUUCAAGCUAUGCCCUCGCCAUUUGAAGGAGGAACAAUUUUGGAGGAUAUAUUUCAUGCUUGUCAAAAGCCAUGUUUCUGAAUAUGAGCUGCAUGCUAUACAACGGGCUAAACAGAAGAGCCAUGCUAUGACAAAUGAGAAAACAUCAGAUACCGGUGCCUAUGAAGUUGAAAUGGCAGAAAGAAAUCAUGCAGGUAAAGAGCAGGUAAAAUCUAUUUAGCAACGGCACUGCAAAGUAUGCUCAUUUCGAGUGGUAAAUUGAUCAUCUUCUACUGUCAUCUUGAGACGUGAACUCGCAUUUGACUGCUACUGAAGUAAAUUUAAUGCAUAUCAGGAAGUGUACAACCACUAAAUUCACAUGUUGAAGAAGUCCUAUGAUUCUCUAUAGGCUGCAUCUUAAGCA